AUGUGCGGACAUUGCAGGCAUCGGGUGGAGCAUUUGCUGCAGUGCUUGCUACCGGAUUUGUCGUCGCCUGGGGGCGCCUCGAUUGCGGUGCGGACAUCAAAGCCGUGCAGGAGAAGCUCAAGACUGCCCAACAGCUGCAAGCGACAUACUCUGCCUUCGCCGCCAUUCUCCGGGACGGCUCCGUGGUGA